UUCAGUGCCAAAUAAAAAGAUCAAACGAAGUUUACUAUGAAAUUAAAUUGAAUUUAGUUCUCAGGCCUUGAUACGUUAGCGCACGAAUUACCUCUUUGUAAUUACUGAUAUCUAAAAACCGGGUUUUAAUUAAUGUAUUUUAGCAACCGUCGUUACAGUUCUUUUAUUCAGAAGGCAACUGUAACGUAAAUUCGUAGUUUUUAGUUGAUAAAGUAAGUGUUUCUUGUAGUGAGUUCUUAAUUUAGUCGGCUUGAAGUAUUUGCUGUAAGAGACGGUUUUCAAUAAAUUUUUUGUGUGUGUAUUUGUGAACUGGAUUAUAGCGGGUUUGGCGGUGUUUUCUAUACCAUUAUUCGAAAUCACAGAUUUAACGCCAUGAAAGCCAUGGAUGACGACGAUGACUGAAAAAGAAGUAAAUAGGAUGCUGGGGCCACCGCCAAGGUUGGGGCUGAAGGCUGCAAGUCCCGCGGUGGACGAGGACUGCAACAGCAACCCGAGCCUGGCUGGCAGCCAGCAUUCCACGCACGAUGACCUCGACGCACACUGCGACAACUCGGGAUAUCUGUGGUUUCUCGACUAUAAUCCGAUAUUUCGGGAUGGUUCGUGUCAUCACACCUCAGUCCUGUCCUCGGUGUCCGCCUCGUACAAAGGGAUAGGCGACCUCACAUCUCGUUUCGAGUUCACGUCAAGAUACAACGAUAUAGCUAGAGAUCUCGACGCCAACCUCGCUGAAGCGGACAUAGAAAGCUUUAAAACUGAAGACAUCCAUGCGCUCCUGAUGACCGCUAACUUGCCACACGAUGAUAGAGCUAAUGAUAGUAACCCCCACGGCGAGAUGUUUGCCAGCAUCUCUAGCUCUAUGAUGGAAAAGUUUCGAUUCGACAGUUCCAUGAGUAACAACAGUAGUUUUCAGGGAGAAGAAUCCGUCGGCUCGAUCAAUACUAUGUCAAUAUGCAAGUCGGAACUGCUUUUUUCACCGGUUAAAGAAGGAGCGCAUGGCGUACACUUCAGCGUUGAUAGUCUAGACUGUGAACUGCCCACGGAGCAAGAUCUGAUCCUCACAUGUCAAGCCAACAAAGACAACUAUACCAUCGCCUUCGAGGGAAGUCUCACCAUUUACUCCGAGGACAGUGAGUGUGCUGAACCCGCCGUCAGUCAAAAUCAUGACAAAUUGGAUAAAGAUGAUAUAAACAUAAUAUUAGAUAGUGAUGAAAGAACGCGCAGGAAUUUAGAAUUAUUAGAAAGAUGUAAGAAACUAACAAAUAAGCUAACAACGUCUAUGGCUAGGAGCGAUUUAGGUUUAACUACGUGGAGUAAGCUAAAGAAACAAACCAGUCAAUUGCCCCUACAAAGGCAUCCAUCCGGUAAUAAUAACGAAAACUCAAAUGAAUCGACCGAUGUAACAAAUGAAAUGAAUAAUUCUGUUAUAAAAAGUCAAAGUCUACCGAAUUUAUACCGAAAAAAGCUUAUGAGUAGUUCAAUAAAUUCGGCAGCAUUAAGCAAUUCAACGGUCGACUCCUUCACCUCAAACCAAAGGUUAAAUGGCACUCCAACAUGUAUGAAAGUUUACGACGUUUCUCAAAAUCGCUCGCAAGGAAGUCAGCAUUCAGAACCCAUGAGUACAUCGUCAACUGAUAAUCAAACUUCUACUGACAAAAGUCAAACAAAACAGCAGUCUUUCAAUUUAGUUAAGCUUUUUAUGAAACAAAAAAGUAAUAGUAAUGAAGGUAUUGUUACAAUGGAUCAGUUAGAUAGAUCAGAAUGCUGGCCUUCGUCUGGGGGUGAAAGCGGUGAAUCCUUGGGCGAAAACAAACCUGAAGAUUGUAAAACAAUUUCUGUAAAUCGACCUCAAGCCGAACUACCGAGUGAAGCUACUGAGGAAACAUCCCCCUUAUUUUAUGAGGAGAUUCGAUCUGCCAAUCCAUAUAAUAGAGUAUACGAUGAAGUUUUAAUAGAAGAGGAAGAAUCCGAUGGAACAAAGUUGAGUGAUAGUGAAAGUAAUCUUUAUGCCAUAGUGAAUAAGCCUCGUAUUCGACGAACUAACACAAAUCUUAUAGGAAGCCCGUCUAAAGUAAGGACUAAUAGAAAAUCAUGCUCGUCACAUUCAUCUGCCACCAGCGUCAGUAUUUCAAGUUGCUCGGAAUCAGAUGGUACUCAAAUUACGAAAAUGAAUAGAGCUUUACAACGGGAGCCUUGUGAUACAAAAGCGACGUCUACUCAUUUCGAAAGCAACACCCAAGAUAAAAGUAUGCAAACGUCAUACUUACAAACAAGCGUAUCACAUGAUCGGGAGUUAUUUAAAGUAGUUGAACCUUCCUUUUUAGAGAAAUUAAAAGAAGGUGAUUGUGAAAAACCGGUAUUUGUCCUUUAUCCUAACUAUACACUCCCAGAUAUAAGUUUUUUGAAUGGCAGACCAAAUAUUUACCUGAAUCCUGUAAAGGUCAAUGUUUCACCAAAGUCUAGCGAGAGCAAAAGAGGUCGAACUCAUAUUAAGGGCAAACGACCAUUCUCAUGUAACGAUGUAGAAAUGUUGAAAAAGAAAGGUCUUGGACAUAUAAAAGACUGGGAUUCGUUGAACUUCUUAUUGCCUCUAGAAUGUCGGCAAUUGUUAUCCGAAGUUCCGGAACUAAUGCAACAUAUUAAAGAGAAAGAAACCACAUCGAAAUGCACGGACAAGUACUGCAAUACGCCAGCUUCCUUAAGACAGAGAAAUAGGCCAACGAGUUGCGAUUGUAAUAACUUGGGUACUAAUACAACUGCUGUGUCUUCAAGUUCAAGUACUGCGACUCAACCAUCUUCAGGCUAUCGAGGCUCGUCUACAAUGCUUACUGAUUCUUCAGCACAAAAUAGUCCCGCUCCAACAGGGGCUUUUAAUCCUCUCUUUGUAUACCGCUACGAUAGUGCAACAAGUUCCGAAGCUAGUGGUGUCCACAAUGAUGGCCAAAGAAUAAACCCUUCUGUACCAAGGCGAUCAUUGUCAUUAGCUGAACAGAAUCGCUUGGUGAAACAAGGAGAACCGGUACCGCCAAGACCACCGCUACCGAAAAGUAUAUUAAGAAAGUCUAUAGAUAAAACAAGGAAAUCUAGUACACAUACAAAGCGUUACAGCAUGUUUGAAAUGGAUGAUCUUAUACAAGAUCCUAUUGUUUGCGCCAACGCUGCGGUAGAACAAAAAACAAAAAGGAGAUCAUUGCAAGAACCUUAUUAUCUUCAAAACCAAAACAUUGAUCAUCGUAAAAACAAUGAUUUGGCUGCAAAGAGAUUGUCUCAACAAUUUUUGGAUGCCGCUGAAAAAGACAUAGACUACAAUGAGUAUUAUCAAGAUGAAGGUGUGGGAACAGAGAGCAGUUUAGAAUCUGGAAAAUCAAACGAGCUUAAGUUCCACCGACCACACACACCACCGAUGCCCAAACCAAGAACUAAAAAAUUGGAAUACAUAGAGUUUCCACCCCCCGGCGCAUUAAUCAGCAGUGCCGAUUUACAACAGCUCGAAGAAUUUUUGAAGCAAAGUGGUUUUAACUGUCAAAAUAUGGACGAAUGGGAUCAAAAUCAAGUACAAAAGGUAAGGAGUCAGGUAACCAAGUUCCUCCAAAUGAAGCGUUCUCAAGAGGAGAACCAGCGAUCCACAGAUUCUAGCGAGAGCAGUUGUAACAGCAAGAAGUCAGUGAGUUUUGCACAAAAAUCUGAAGGCAAGAUUGAUGUUCCAACUGGCCCAUCGAAGGCAGUGGAAGACCUCAAGGUAGUUAGCCUCGCUACUCCGCCUAAUUUGCCUAACAUUUCAGCCGUGGUAGCACAAAGACAUUAUCAGGGGAAAAAUUUAGCCGAAAUACCGAUUUGUGAAGAGGCUGAAGUAAGUCCUGAUGAAUUUGGCAGUCCUACACGACACGAAGGAAGGGUUAAAUACGAUAUGAUCGACGUAUCCCAGAAACGAGCCUUAGUCUCAAACGUUACGGAUGCAGUUGAGAUGUUAAUCCAACAUUUCUCAACCGCCACGGACCAAGCCGAACUAGCAUUCUUGGGCGACUCGAAACAAUCGCCCGCUUGCGCCAAAAUUGCCUUAAACGCAUUAUGUCCAGCUCUUUAUGCUAUAUUUAGGGACGGUUUGAAGGAAAACAUUGAAACCUCAUUCGGUGCCGUCAAUAACUCAGUUUGGCAAAUGGUAGAAUCAACAGCGAGACAAGGCCCAAUAACAAAAUCACUUAAUGAACUAGUUUUGAGAAUAAACAGCGAGGAUGCGGUAACAGAAGGAUUGGUCAAAUUUAACGCAUUCAUAUUAGGUCUAUUAAAUGCGCAGUCCGUUGACGCGUGGGUAUCGUAUGUGAGAACUCGGGAAUCAAUAUUGGCCAAACAUUAUGAUCCCGAUUCUCUCAUACUUGCCGGCUGUGUCGGCGAACCGCGCUGUAGAGCUCUACUCGAUACGUUAUUGGCCAGUCUCGAGCCCUUGCGACUUCUACCCUUCUCUUUGGAUCUCAUGUUCGAAAUGCGAGAAUUGCACAGGAGCUUCAAACGAAUCGAAAGCGACAUGAGAGCUGCCAGCCGGCCCAGUGCGAUUAACACCCCGCAACUAACCCUGAACCAGCGGAACUUGCUGAAAUUGGUUCGUUCGAUGCAGUCUAGCGGCAUGAGCGAUGACUCCCAAGCGAGCGUUAUAAUGCGGAACAAAGAACCGUCGACUCCUGACCUCUUGAAUGACACGGCUAAUCUUAAAACUACCAUCGAAAAAAACAGACCCCGAUCGUGUGUUAAUCCAACACCUCUCGGAUACGAUUUGUGUCCAAAUAAUAGCAGAAUAGAAUUAGAGAACAAUAGGCGAUGGUCGGGAGUGCAAUUGGGCUCGAAGUUGAUGCAAGCCUUCGACCGAUUAGUAUUUGACGAUAGUGACGAUUACACAGAUAGCCUAGAGAAUAACAAACCCUCCUCUAAAACAGCCGGCAAUGAGACGAAGCUUGAUACGAGCGGCGAAGAGCAAUGGAGACCUAGCUCCGCGAACAGCUGUGCAAGCAACAACACUGGCAAUGGCAGUAACAACUCCGGUGGCAAGUUCAGAAAACUUCAGCUCAAGUGGGAGAUGUUAAGCAAUGCUGAGAGCCCCGUGACACCAACCGACGUCUCAGGUGAGACAUCGCCAGCUGCGGCGCGCGGUUCGAAGAUUCCUCGCCCUGUGUCAUCGCCCGUUCGACCGCAGGCGCCAUCUAUACCAUCGCCGGCUAAAACACACAACGCGCCAAGAGGGAUUCCCAUAGCAGUGCGUAAGGGCACGUCACCGACAUCAACCGGCCGGCCGCAGACCGCACAACGCAACACCGCUAACAGCAAGAAACCUCCACAACCGGCUAACAGAAUUAUCCAAAAGAAGCCCGCAAGAAACUCAUUGGACAAAAACGGAAACUCGAAUGUUGCUGAAAAUAAAAAUCUUAGCAAUAUAAAAAAGACGCCAACGUCCCGCGUGGACCAGGCGGGUGCGGGCGCGGGCGGGGCGGCGCCGCGGCCGGCGUCGUUGCCGUACGGGCGCGCCGCGCCGCCGCCCGCGCCGCGCCGAGCCGCCUCCUCCUCCGCCGCGAGACACACGCAGAAACACAAAUACGUCAGAACGCUAUGGCACAGGCUGCCCUCUGACUCCGGGCACCUGGCGUUCAACGAGGGGGAGCGGCUGCGGCUGAUCCUGGAAGUCGACGAGCAGUACUUGCUGUGCUGCCGUGGCGACCAGAAGGGGCUGGUGCCGCGAGACGCCGUCAUGGACGACUUCUGAUGCUGGCCCUAGCGCUGGCAGCCGCACUGGCGCCCGCUGCUCACCAAGUGAGUGACACGUGUAUCGUAGAACUGUUAAACGUAAUGUCGAAUGGAUCGAGUUGUUAUUUAAAUGGCGUUCGUAAAUCGAGUUUUAAUUUUUAUGUCGAAUCGUGGAUCGACUUGUAAUUUUAGUGUCGAAUUGCGAAUCAUGUUGUAGUUUUUGCGUCGAAUUGCGUAUCGAUGCGUCUUAUUUUAUUUGAACGGUGAAUUAAGUGAGAUUGUUUCGAAACAGUGAAUCGUGUUAGUUUAAGUCGAAAUACGAAAUUGUAUUAAAUGUUGAACUAUUAAGUGAUUUGUGACGUUACCUCUGUUCUUCAUGUUUGGUCUUUUAACGGGGAUUUCUACGGUCGUAGGAUUAAGAUUUCUACUUUAUUUUUUCUAUCUAAAGAUUCGACAAUACAAUCUCAUGCUUCAUGACAUUUUAUUCGAAUUUUAUGACCCAUUUAUAAUUAAUCAUUUGGACAAUUUGACUUGGACUAUUUAUAUUUUAUUUGAAACCGUCGCAGUAAUCCCUGUUCUAGGACUCCAUUGGACAUCUACAAAAUAAAAUCGAUUCCGCACAUUUAUGUAUAAAUCUGUAGUAAAAUCUAGUCUUAUGUUUUAAGGCACGACUAUAUCUUAUACUGUAAAUAUAACGAUAAUAUUAUUGAACUCAAAUUGUGGGAGUAUUUACCGCUAAUGAUAAUUAUGUAGCAUAAAGCAUUUAGGAAUUUAUAUGGAAACAUUGACGGUAAAUGUUGCCUCAAUGUGGCGUGAUACGUUUUACUCUAAGGACAAAAUCUCAUUAAGUGGAACCACCGGCUGAGAGAAAGAUGCCCUAUAUUAAAAUUUUUAGAUAAACAUUGGAUAUUGGUGUCUAAAUUAUAUCGGUAUUUGUAUCAUAAUGUUAUUGUACUUAUCGGUGUUAGUUUGUUUAAGCUUCUUAUGUAUUGGAGGGUCGGCUAUCGUGUUCGUGCAGGUCGUAAAGUCGAUAUGUCUGUCUGUAGUCUGCCACAGGCGUAACUUUAUUUCAUCAUACUAAUAGCAUGCGGCCCAUCCAUUUCACCCUCCUUUUGGGUUUGUGGUAGGGGUCAACGUCUUUACCCUUUCGUACAUCCACAAAACGUAUCUUUGGAUGUCUAUGGUGGUGUGGGCUAUAACUUGGUUGUGGAACUAACCGCAUGGCCUCUUCCGAAUUUCCUUUCCUCACGUCCACAGUUCUGGAAAGUUCUACGUGGUGUUGGAACGUAACAUCUCUGUUACUAAUCGCAUGUGCCUAUCCACUUUCAUAUCCUGAUCGUUCGCUUCACCCAUUAAAAGUUCAUUCAUGGGACUCUUUAGAAAUACAUAAAUAGAUGAAAGUUAUACAAACUAAGCGAGGUUGUAAGAUCUAUUGUAAAACAUUAUCUGCUUAGCAUCUAUCAUAGAAUUUUAAUGUGAAUAACAUCCAUUUUACGGAUUUUACUAUCUGUUUAGUAUGCUUCCAGAAACCUUUUAUUCAUGCCAAGUACGAUACUAAUAUUGUGAUGAAUAUCAUAUCACUGCUUUUAAUGCAACAAUUGAGAGAACGAUAUUUUUCGGUAGGUUUACGAAUUGCUCAAGGGAGGACGGUUUAUUUAGAUAGAAUUUUUUAUAAAAUACUCUUGUGUAAUCGUAUAAUUAUACUCGGAUUUCCAGUAUUCGUCUAUCUGUAUAGAGUUGUAAAUAAUAUUAAAAUUAUUAUUAGAAAAUCAAAAGGUCAAAAUUAUGAAACC